GGAAACUUGAUAUCUUGGUGAACAAUGCAGGCAUUACGGGAGCCGUUAUAGACUUUUACGCUUUAAUUUCAACCAUUCCAGAUGCAGAGCUAGCUACCAUCUUGUUGAUCAUGUACGGACAACGUCAUCCAACCAAUCCGAGUGAAGUAUUUAGACAGACUUAUGAGUCGACAGAAGAAUGCAUUCGAACCAACUACUAUGGUGCUAAAAGAAUGGCAGAUUCGCUUAUCCCACUCCUCCAAUUAUCUGACUCACCAAGAAUUGUCAACGUUUCCUCCUCUGCAGGGAAGUUAGGGAACAUACCAAACAGAUGGGCUAAUGGUGUAGUUACUGAUGACAACAACCUUACAGAAGAGAGAGUGGAUGAAGUAGUGCAUGAGUUUCUAAAAGAUUUUAAGGAGGGUUCCUUGGAAACUAAAGGCUGGCCUCCUCAUAUGUCUGCUUAUGUAGUCUCCAAAACAGCUUUGAACGCCUACACAAGAAUUUUAGCCAAGAGGUACCCGAGUUUCUGCAUCAAUUGCGUUUGUCCAGGUUUCGUGAAAACUGAUAUGAACGAUAACACCGGUGUCUUAUCUCUUGAGGAAGGUGCUGCACAUCUUGUGAGGUUAGCGUUGCUACCCAAUGGCGGUCCUUCCGGCCUCUUCUUUGUUCAGCAAGAAGUGUCACCUUUCUAG